AUAAAACUAAUCCUGUUGGACUCGGAUUUCAGCGCCGCAUGUCACAUUACCGGCCGUAUUGCCUGUUGCGCUGGCAAAAACGGUGACAUUUCGUUUAUCAACAUGGAUAGUGCGACAGUCAAAACCGCCUUCUCUAUGCCUCGGCUGAAGCUAACCGCGGUAGCCUUCAGCUCAGAUGGAAACAGGCUGGCAAUUUCCUCCUAUUCGGGUCACAUCCUGAUGGGAACAUUAAUUCAGACAGAGGAUAAUGAAAAGCCGUCUCAGUUCGAUCUCAGAGAUAGGCAGCGAUUGCAAAGAGGAUCUGUGCUCUGCGUUGAUUGGCAUUUUGCCGGCGAAUGCAUCGCAGCUGGCGGUCUAGACGGCUUUGUGUGCACUUUCGCGCCAGUAAAGUCGUUGGCAGUGGAUGUUUUACGUGGUCACCGAGGUGGAGUUAAUUGUGUACAGUUUUUGCCCAAUGGACACGUUCUUCUCAGUGCCUCGUCUGAUAGGCGAGUGUUGCUGUGGGACGUUCGAUCGGGGAUAAGAGAAAGGCGAUUUGAGAGCCAUGGAGCACCUGUUAUGGGAGUGACCUUCUUGGAUGACGAUUUAACCUUUGCUUCCUGCGACUCUAGUGGAGUGGUGCUGAAGUGGGACCUUCGCAAUGGUAGCCGGGAGGUCCAACUUGCUGAUGAAAUGUCCUAUGGUCAUGGGAGAAAUUGCAUCUGUUAUUCACCUGAGAGAAAUUGCCUUUUGACAGGAAACACAGAUGGAAGUGUAACAUUUGUUAAUCUGAUCACCAAUAAGGUAAGGUGUGGUAACAUAAGGUCCAGAUUUUUUUAUAUAAAAAGAGUUGAUUCCACUGUCAAGGGCGUGGAAUUAUCCACAUGA